AUGCCUAGGGUACAUCCACUGAUAAAAUAAAAGAAAAAUAAAGAAAAGUCUAUCUCUUAAAGUGGAUAUUAAAUAUUAACUUAACUCAGUCCCUCAUUUUCUACAUUUUCCUAUUAAACUACUGAUUAAAAUACUCCAUAGUUGAAGCUAAAUGAAAGUGACUCUUAAAAGAAGCUUAAAAAUAAUUAUCCUAACUUAUAUGAAAGUUUAAUAAACCUUUAUCAUAAUGUAAAAUCUGUAAAUGAAAAUAUAAUAGAAAGUUAAUAAUCUUAGUUUAAUCAAAAAGGAAAUUCAGUGAAAUUUGGAUUUAGUAUUGAUAUAUUAGCAGCUAUAGAAAAAUAGUUAUUUUAAUUGAAGGAAAACAUUUAAAAAUAUCAAGAUGAUGAUUAAAAAGAUCAGCCUAGCUCAUUUAAUUUGAAUUUCUCAACUGAGCAUAACUAAUUUCUAUAACAAUAAUGCAAUGGGCAAAUAAUAUCUUCUACUAAUUUUUAAUAACAAAAAUCUUCAGUAUAGAAGAUUGAAAAUAAUAUAUCUAUUCAGCCUAUUUGCCAAAAUGAUAACUUCAAGUCACUUUAUAUUUAAUAAACAAAAGAAUUAAAUUAAAUUUAAAGUUAACUUGAGGAAGAAAUAAAAUAAAAUGAAAAAUUGUAAGAUGAUUUCAAAUAGCUUGAAUUAUUUUUAGGAGGUUAAAAACAAUAACUUAUUGAGUCUCAGAAAAAUCAAAAAAAUUUGAAAGAAGAAAAUAAUAAAGAUAUAAUUAAGAUGAAAUAAAAUAAUUAUAAUUUUAAACUAUUUGAAGAUUAAUGCGAUGUUAAUAAUAUAGAUAGUGCAGUUAAAGUUUUGAUUCAAGUAAAAGAUUAAGAAUAUUAGCUACUUUAAAAUAAAUAUAAUGACUUGAAUAAUAAUUAUCUGGAAAAUUAGCAUUCAUUAUAAGUAGUAAGCAAAGAUUUACAAAAGAAAAAUACUCUUUUAGAUGAAAAAAAUCAAGAAAUAGAAGAGUGGAAGCUAAAAUACAAAAAUUUGAAUAAAUAAAUAUUAGUUAUGCCUAACUAUUCUAUUGAACUAAGAUAUUCAAACUAAAAAAUAUCUGAUUUAGAAAAAAGAAUUAGAGAAUUAGUUGAAUAAAAUGAGAAAUAUAAAAUGUAAAAUAUUAAUUUAGAAAUAGAAAACAAAAAAUAUAUAGAAGUUAGAAAUUAAUAUGAAUAGUUAUCAAAAGAUUAUAUUUAAAUGAAAUAAGAUAUCAUUGUUUUAAAAGCCAUUUAGAAAUAAUUUUAAGAUUUUCUUUCAGAGAAUCAAAAAGAAAAUGAUAGAUUAUAUUCAAAUGAUUACUUAUUUAGUUUGGCAAGCAGCACCAAUAGAAAUUUAAAUACCUCAAGUAAAGAUCACAAUAUUUAAGAAGAUUAGAUAAUAGAAGUAUGUAAUUAAAACAACUCUGAUUUUAAAGAAAUUUCUUAAGAGGGUUAGACCUAAAAUAGUUUAAAUUCAAAGUAAAACUUUAGAGAAAGUUAUCAAAUAGAAAAUAAAAAUUAUUAAUUAGUAAUAAAAACUAAUAACUAAAGCAGUGAAGGUAGCUAAUCUUUUUCUAACAAUCUGAAUUAAUAGGAUUAUUUAAAAGAUAAAGUUAACACAAAAGAUAACGAAAUAGAUAAUUACAUAUCUCAGUUACAGCAGCAGUUAUAAGAAUAUAAACAAAAAUUGUUACAUCUAUAAGAAAACUAGCCUAAUAAUAGAAUCAAUGAAGAAUCUAACACUGAACAUUGCUUUAAUUAGGUAGUAUAAAUUGAAGGUUAGUAAGGAGAGAAUUUAAUUGUAAAUUUAAAUGACCAAAUUUCCUAAUUAGAAAUUAUUCUUAAAGAAAAAAAUAAUCUUUUGGAAUAAUCUUUUAAUGAAAAAAUGUAAAUGCUUUCAGAGUUAACAUAAAUUAAAGAGAGGGAAAAACUUUUGAUGAAAGGUAAUGAAAACUUAUAGUAAAUGUAUUUACAGAUAAGAUCAGAAUUUGAAAGUAGUUGCAUAAAUGACAAAGCAAAUUCAGAAAAAAUAGAAUUUUAUGAACAAAAUUUAUAAAAAUUACAAGCUCAGUAUGAAGAAAUUUUACAGAAGUAUUAAGAAAUACUGCAAAAAUAAGAGCUAAGCAAAUAGAUUUCAUUUGAAAAAAAUGAAAAUCCGGAUUUUGAAAAUUAAUAAGUUUAUGUUUAAAGUAUUGAAUUUUCUAAUUAAAAUUAAACUUAGGUAUCUAAAGCAGUGUAAUUAUGUAUUAAUAAAAAUAUUCAGGAUGAUUCUGAUCUAAAUUAAGAUGAAGGAGAAAAAUUUGUACAAAAUGAAAGAGAAUCUUAAGAAUAAAUUACUUUGAUAGAGAGCGAAAGUAUAAUUUAAAGUAAGGAUUUAAAGAAUACUGUCUCAGAUUAGGAAUAACUGAAACAAAGUGAGAAUUAAAAAUCAAUUUAUUUAGAGAGUUAAAUUUAACAAUUAAAAUCAAUAGUCAAAAAUGGCAGGAACGAAAUUGAAUAACUAUAUUAGGUUUUAAGUUAAAGAAAAAAUGAAAAUGAUUAAUUGUAGCUAUAGAUUAAUUAAAAAGAUUUAGAAAACGAAAAACUUAAUUAAAAGAUUUAAGUUUUGAUACUAGAAAUAGAAUAAUAAUAAAAGUAGUCUAAACAACUGAGCUAAGAUAUUUAAGAAUUAACUAAGCUAAAAAAUAAAUUUCAGUAGUAAGCUGAUAGAUAUUUCUUAGAAGCUGUUAAAAAAAACAAGGAGUUAAUAGAAGCUACAGAAAUAUGUAAUGUUAUUUAAGCUAAAUAUGAAGAUGCUCUUUAGAAUAUCAAAGACUUAGAAUCUAGAAUGGUCUUACCAACUGAGACUCUACAAAAUAGUUGA